AUGACCAUAUUCUACAAGAACCUUAGCCUACCAUGCAAAUGUAUAUUAUCAUCUAUGAACAAUGAUCCUGUACUGAUUCGGAAAUGUUCACAGUAUGUUUUUCGAUAUAAAAAAAAUGAGAUUUCCAUGGCGAAAAAUCAUUUAUGGCCAAUUCGAUGUUAUGCUACUAUGAAUGACGAUGAUAAGAAUGGUAAUGGUAAUAGUAACGGUAAUGAUAGUAGCAAACUAAAGUCAGAAGACAAGGUGCCAGUAUUAAAAAGUGUUCCGUUAAAAGAGAUAUUAGAUAAAGUAAACUUAGAAAAAGAUUGUAUUAAAACUCAAAGACCAGAAAAAUCUGUUGAUCGAAAUUAUAUUACUGCUCGUCGUGCAAUGACCGAGUUUAUGUUAAAAUCAACUGAUCUAGAAGGACUAAAAACAAUUAAACGACGAUCUCCAUUUGAAGAUGAACCACCAAUAAACGUUUAUUGGCGAAAGGAUGUCGUAGCUAAGGCAUCUGAAGUGUGGGGGUCCCAGGAAGAUUUAGUGACUCAGCUAAUUAAGAGGGAGAUUGACAGGAAAAAAAAACAGCAAACAAUGUUCACAAUUAAAGCACAUAGAAGAAGUAAUCGUCGACAGAAUUUAAGUCAAAAUGAUCUCAAAACACAAAAAUCAUCAGGACUGUUUGGUGCCUCUGGUCGUGUUGUCUUAACUGCUGUUGUUAUAAAUGGAUUAAAUACAAUUUUCAAAGGCUUGGCUUGGUCCUGUACAGGAAGUCACAGCAUGUUCUCGGAAUGUAUACAUUCAAUGGCUGAUACAGUUAAUCAAGUUAUUCUCGCAUUCGGCAUAUAUAAAUCCGUUCAAAUAGCAGAUUCUUAUCAUCCAUAUGGAUAUUCAAAUAUGAAGUAUGUCGCUUCUCUUAUAUCCGGAGUUGGAAUUUUCUGUAUUGGCUCUGGUCUUUCUAUUUAUCAUGGUGUAACAGGGCUGAUCCAUGCUGAACCAUUAGAUUCAUUAUAUUGGGGAUAUGUUGUACUAGGUAUUUCAUUUGUAUCAGAAGGAGCAACUUUAGGAGUUGCUAUUAAUAACAUUGUAAAAUGCUCCAAAGAAGCGAAAAUCUCCUUCUUACAAUACGUUUUACGUGGUCAUGAUCCAACUGUCAAUGUUGUUUUAUUAGAAGAUUGUGCUGCUGUAUUGUCUAUUGGAGUGGCCGGUAUAUGCAUGUCUCUAACAUCUUACUUGAAUUCUCCGAUACCUGAUGCUGUUGGAUCUUUACUUGUUGGUGGAAUUUUGGGUACAGUUGCUUCAUUCAUAAUUUACACAAACACAUCAGCCAUAGUCGGUCGUUCUAUUAGUCAAACAUAUUUAAAUAAAAUUAAUGCUGAAUUGGAAUCUGAUAUUAUGAUUAGGGCUAUACACGAUGUCAAAGGGAUUGAUAUGGGAAAUAGUUUAAUUAGGUACAAGGCUGAGCUGGAUUUCGAUGGAAGAGAAUUAGCAAAACAAUAUUUAGACAGACUUGAUCCUGAAGCAUUAAUGGCUGAAGUAAAAAAAAUUGAAAACGCAGAUUUUGCUGAGGCAUUUCUUUUAAAACACAGUGAAAAUAUCAUUGAUAUGAUUGGCGGAGAAAUCGAUAGAAUAGAGUGGCAGCUCAGAUCCAAAUUUCCAGAAAUAAGACAUUGUGACUUGGAAAUACUUUAG